AUGAACAGUUCUCUGGAUUAUCUGGCCUACCCUGUUAUCGUCUCUAAUCACAGGCAAAGCACAACCUUCAGGAAGAAACUGGACUUCGGCCACUACGUAUUUCACAAGAAUAGAAUACAAAUAGUGAAGCCGACCGUGGACACCAAGCCUCCAGUGGCACACACACACCACAUUUUAAAACUGAGCAAACUACAGGGUGAACAAAAGAGAAUCGAUAAGAUCGAGUAUGAAAACAAGCAGCUAUGUCAGAAAAUCGCCAACGCCCAUCGCGGCCCCGCCAAGGUGGAUUGCUGGAACGAGUAUUUCUCCAAGAGCUUAAACAGGGAAACAAGGAACCGGGAGCUGGUGAGGAUCACCGUGGAGAACCAGGGCAUCCUCAAGAGGCUGGGUGACCGCAAGCCCCACUACGACCGCAGGGCGUCUGAGAUGGACUGGCAGAAUUCAAGGCGCUAUAUCAAAAAUACAACAAGAUAUCUUCUCUCCCAAGAUGAAUAG